GGUACAUUUUAAUUAUCAGUUAAGAUGGAUAUCCGAGGUGCUGUAGAUGCUGCUGUCCCAACAAACAUCAUUGCUGCAAAAGCUGCUGAAGUUCGGGCAAACAAAGUAAACUGGCAGUCGUAUCUCCAAGGGCAGAUGAUUUCAGGUGAAGACUGUGAAUUUAUUCAAAGAUUUGAACAGAAAAGAAAUCCAGAAGAGAAACAGGAGUUGUUGCAAACUGAAGGCAAUCAAUGUGCUAAAACAUUUAUAAACUUGAUGACUCAUAUCUCCAAGGAACAGACGGUUCAGUACAUUCUCACUAUGGUUGAUGAUAUGCUGCAAGAAAAUCAUCAGCGUGUUUGUAUCUUCUUUGAUUAUGCAAAACGUGGUAAAAACACAGCAUGGUCCUAUUUUCUGCCGAUGUUGAAUCGACAGGAUCUGUUCACUGUGCAUAUGGCAGCAAGAAUUAUUGCUAAACUGGCUGCAUGGGGGAGGGAACUUAUGGAAGGCAGUGACUUGAAUUACUAUUUUAACUGGAUUAAAACUCAGCUCAGUUCACAGAAACUACGUGGCACAGGGGGUUCUGUGGAAGCAGGAGCAGUCUCUACUAGUGAUAGUUCCCAGUAUGUACAGUGUGUUGCUGGAUGUCUGCAGCUGAUGCUCAGGGUCAAUGAAUAUCGUUUUGCGUGGGUAGAAGCAGAUGGAGUAAAUUGUAUCAUGGGCGUCUUGAGCAACAAAUGUGGCUUCCAGCUCCAGUAUCAGAUGAUUUUCUGUGUGUGGCUACUGGCAUUUAGCCCUCAGAUGUGUGAAUAUCUCCGUCGGUAUAAUAUUGUUCCAGUGCUGUCGGAUAUUCUUCAGGAAUCUGUCAAAGAGAAAGUAACUAGAAUCAUCCUUGCAGCAUUUCGGAACUUGUUAGAGAAGUCUACUGAGAGAGAAACUCGCCAAGAAUAUGCUCUUGCCAUGAUUCAGUGUAAAGUUUUAAAGCAGCUAGAGAAUUUGGAUCAGCAGAAAUAUGAUGAUGAAGACAUAAGUGAAGAUAUUAAAUUUCUACUGGACAAGCUUGGUGAGAGCGUGCAAGACCUUAGCUCCUUCGAUGAGUACAGUUCUGAGCUCAAGUCAGGAAGACUGGAGUGGAGUCCUGUACACAAGUCUGAGAAGUUUUGGCGGGAGAAUGCUGUAAGACUAAAUGAGAAGAAUUACGAGCUACUCAAAAUCCUGACAAAACUUCUGGAGGUUUCUGAUGACCCACAAGUGCUGGCUGUAGCUGCUCAUGAUGUGGGAGAAUAUGUACGACACUACCCCCGUGGGAAACGAGUGAUUGAACAACUUGGUGGUAAACAGCUGGUAAUGAACCACAUGCAUCAUGAAGACCAGCAAGUUCGUUAUAAUGCACUAUUGGCUGUGCAGAAGCUGAUGGUUCAUAACUGGGAAUACCUUGGAAAGCAGUUGCAGUCAGAACAACCUCAAACGGCUACUGCACGGAGCUAAACAAUUCUGUCAAUUCAUGCUUAUAACUACAGUAUGUUUGUCUUUAAAUUGAUAUCAAGGAAACACUGAAAUCACAUGUUCUUUGCCUGCUACUAGUGCAUAAACUUUCCAGGUUUCCUUCAGUGUUGUUGGCUUAGUAAAAAUGGGUUUGUUCAGCUAUUCUGAUGAUUAUGUCUAUUAGCUUCUUGUUAUAUUCUGAAUGUAUAUGAGGAAAUGUGGCUAAUAUAUUGCAUUUGUUUUAUGUAUUUAUUCUCAUAAUAAAUAAU